AUGGACUCACUCAAAAAGUGCUUUCUAAGGUCCAUUGCUGUAUUAUCUGUCCUCAGUCGAAGUUCUUUUGAAGCCGCUUCGCAAACAAUCACUCUUCACGAUGACGAUCUGUCAAUUGUCGAGAAGAUGUUGCAUCACCUAUAUGAAGCAAACUAUAAAGAUGACUCAGCGUUGAGCCCUUUUGAGAUCACCUGCGAAGACAAUCAAGAUGAGAUUUUGAGGCAAGAAGAAAGCACGACAGAGUGUCGCACCUCCUCCAUCCAAAAAGACUCGAACACAUUUGAGCAGGGGAACCGCGCACAUAUAAAUGCCCAGAUGUAUGUCAUUGCCGACAAAUAUGGCAUACCGGGACUGAAGGAACUCGCAAAGGAAAAGUUCGAACUAGCUCUUGAAAGUGAUUGGCAGGAUUUGACAUUCAUUUCAGUGAUUGAAUUUGUUUAUGGUCCUACCAGCCCUACAAAUUCAGACCUACGGGGUGUAGUAACCAAAUUCGCCCUUCAACACAUUCCUGUUCUCAAAGCUCAGCAGCAAUUUCAUACUGUAUUAAAGGCUUAUCCGGAUUUUGCAUACGAUUUCUUGGUGCUGACUAUGGAGAAAGUGCUUUGGUUUCAACAACGAUGUUUUGGGUCAGUUCAAAGAGCUCGAACACAUCGUUCGAAGAAGAAGAAAUUGGGUCUGAUUACUGAGCCUUGGUUGUGUGUAGGAGAUCCAACCUUCCGCAUAACGGGUUCUAUUGUCGCAAAAUUGGCUAAUGACAUAGUUGUGGUCUACAGCGCCUGCAUUGUCGCCAUUUAUAACUGCACACGCCUGCCAGGCCUUGCCGACCAGUCUAAUUUUACCUACAGUACUGCCGACCUUGUCAUCUGGACCAACGUUGAAUCAAACACCAUCGUCAUUGCUGCCUGA